GGCAACCGCUGCUGCCUGGUAGGCGAAGUUCGCAAUGAAACAUGCUUUGUCCGGGUCUGCCAAGUUCGCAUCGUAGCUGUCGACGUUGAAGAUCACGGAGCCUGCGUUGCGACUCAUCACAUCUCCUUGUGCCUUCAGUUAUUUUCUCGGCGUGAACUUGUGUCUGUCUGAGCUUUCUUGGAUUCCGUGCGCGAUAAAUAUUCGUUAGUGCCCCGACUUCUUAUCUGUUACGUAAACAAGUGCCAGCGAGUGACGAUCUCGGCAGAUGUUAAGCGAAGCGUCAACUACAACGGAAAAGAAAGAAGCUGCAAGAGACGAAUAUGAUUCACGAAUCUGCAAAUAACUAUACAUCAGUGUGAGCCCAUAGUGAAAAAAAUUGCCUUCUAUCUCUAAUCUUCCACAAAAUUGCUGCAGGCUACAAAGAUUAAAAAUCCUGUUGUACCUAUACGUAUUCGGAACAAAGACGGACAGCGUGAGUGGUGAAUAACUUCAGAACUGCUAUUUUAUUAGUUGUGACUUUCGUAAUGGUAAAACAGGAAGUGAUAUUCUGAAAAUGCGCCUUACAGGAAAGAUCUGUUUUAAAAUAACACUAUAAACGAAGUACUGAACAAGAGCGCAGUUUAUGGAGAUACUCGCUAGACCUUCGUUAUAAGUAUCUGAAAGAGCGAUCUAUUGGUAGAGGAAAUAAUUCGCUAGAAUAUUUAGUCAUGUCUCUAUGUCUAGUCUGCAAGACUUCGCGGAAGAGUGGCUUGGCGACAGUGAAGUGGAUGAAUAUUCCUCUCAAUUUGCGAAACACACCUGAGAAUUUCAAAUAAAUGUAGUUGCUGUUUUGUGACCUAGUAGAAGACGCAACUUCGCCUCCAAAGACAUUUCUGGGUAUUAUUUACCCACUGCGGUGUGUAGUACGUAACUCUUCCAUGUGCUUAAUUAAACGUCUUCGUAAGUAAUACUGCAGUGCAUCCCAAAGCCAUCGCAAUCGAAGACAUUUUUGACUGGCAGGUGAAUAUACGUAAUGAUGGCAGAAACACAGCACUUUUGCCUGCGUUGGAACAAUUAUCAGAGUAGCAUAACAUCGGCUUUUGAAAACCUUCGUGAUGACGAGGAUUUUGUCGAUGUGACACUAGCAUGUGAUGGAAAGAGUCUGAAGGCACACCGUGUUGUCCUCUCAGCAUGCAGCCCAUAUUUUAGAGAACUCCUUAAGAGUACUCCUUGCAAGCACCCAGUGAUAGUCCUCCAGGAUGUGGCAUUUGCGGAUCUCCAUGCACUUGUUGAAUUUAUCUACCAUGGGGAAGUAAAUGUGCACCAGCGCAAUCUCAGCUCCUUUCUAAAAACUGCUGAAGUUUUAAGAGUUAGUGGACUUACGCAGCAAGCAGAUGAAAGAGAAGAGGUGCCAGUUCCACCACACAGUUCGUUCCCACGCAAUGCCCUGCACCACAGUCUCAUGGAUGACACUUUCUUCACCUCCCCACACUCGCCACCAGUACACUCGACUCCCACUGGUGUUCCAGUGAACCAGUUGCUGCGAAGAGCUGCCAUGGCAGGCGGAGGCAGUGCCAUCACAGGUUUUGGGAGGCGGGAGAGGCGGAUGUCUCCAGAUCAUCAGCACCACAAUUUACAGGAUCCAUCGGCCGAUCAGUCACAGAUUCCGAUAACAAACAAACGGGCACGCACUUCUGAACCCACUACCGAAACAGCCCCAUGCCCCAGCCAACAGCAGCAACCGUCUCCAGCCGAUUUCUCGACUUCCAAUUUUCCUUCUGGCAAGCAGUCACACCAGGGAAACAUAAAGAUGGAGGCAGAGGGUAAUGGUGGUGGCGAGCGCGAAACUUCGCCCUCACCAAAUGGCAGGAAUGUGAUGGACGGUGUCAAGUCGGAGCCUGCCGAACAUUGUGGCACAGGAGGAGAUGUGGAGAACAGCACUGACUCUGUAGAACAGGCUGAUGAGACCCGCCAGCAGCAAACUAAAGGCGAACAAGAUGACCAUGACAGUGUUCAAGGACAGCCACCUUCCUAUCUCUCUGCUGCUGAAAGCAAACUCUUUGGUUCCAUUACCUCUGCUGGUAGCUUCAACUUCAGCAUGGCAGCACUUGCAGCAGAUCCAAUUACAGGCAUCGGCGGCCAGCCAUUACAAGGAAAUACAGAAACUCCUCCAGGCACUUCUUCACAAGGCGUGAGCUGGCCAUUUCCUACCGCCAUGCCCUCGCCAGCUGACGGCCACCUACGGUGUGACGUGUGCGGCAAAGUGCUCAGCACCAGGUUAACUCUAAAGAGGCACAAAGAACAGCAACACUUGCAGCCUCUGCACAAAGCCUUUUGUCUUCUGUGCAAUAAAGUGUUUCGCACCAUGAAUUCACUGAAUAACCACCGUAGUAUUUACCAUCGUAAACAACCUAACUUUGGUUCCAACGCACAGAAAAGCUAGGGAAUUUGAUGAAGCUAUUUGCCUUAAUAUUCUCACCUCGAUUGAUAGUGGGGGCAAUAAGUUGAGGUGAAGCCCCUUUUAGAGUAGUUCUUGUCCUUCCCCCCCAACAGAAUGUUGACUGAAAUUAAAUGAGGUAUAUUUCAGCUCAAUGCUUGUUACAGUUUUCUAAAUGCAUCUAAGCACAUAGUUCCUCAAGAUGUAUGAAAAUAUAUAAACAUUGUAGUGCGGAGCCCAUAAAACGACACAGGACAUUGCAUAAUUAUGUGCAAUAUCGAUUAAUUACUUUUUGUGGGUUUUUUUUCCAUUUGGGUGAUAAAUUUUUAUGAAGACUCCUCUGCUUUUUUUGGGGGUCUAGAUGUUUUAAAAGAAGAAAAUAAUUAUGUAAAAACCAUUGUGUAUUAUAUGUUGAUCUGAUAUGGUCUGUGAGGGUUUUUUUCUGGUGAUAAGCAUUUAAUAAUAAUUCGUUGAUAUUGAACCAUUUUUAUAGGCGUUCUUUUUAAAAGAUGUAGCAAAAGAGUUGGAAAUGAUGCGAAAGAAUCAAUUCGAAUAUAAAAUAGAUAAUGCCAUUGCAUUUGUUUGACUAAGCUCAGGUAUCUUAUCACUGGAAGUUCCAUGUUAAAAAUAUAUUAAAAUGCCAUACAAUAUUUUUAAAUAUGUUUACUUCAUAUGCAAUCUGUAAAGCAAGUAAGAUCCUACAUCAUGCCUCAUGACUGGAGGAUACGUCAAAAUACGUACACAUAUUUGAGAGUCAGUUACUUGUUGCUGCCAUAAAUAGUUGUGUAAAUUGGACUAAUAGUUAAAAAUUUGUGUUCAGCAUUUGCCCUCUGCACUGUACAAUGGAGAUUACAGUGCAGGUGACUAUGUAGUCUCUCAUGUAGGUGUAGAAAUUACACACACUGUUAUGUAUGUACAAAAGCAGAAAGAUGGCUUUGAAGUCAUUUAAGGGUUGUCUGUAGCUACAAAGCAUCAAUCAAAAAAACCCUAUAGAAUAAGCUGCAAGCAGUGAAUGACUAAAGCGAGACCUAUUGACAGCAAAGGGUGAGAGAAACUAGCACAGUAAUUUAGGAACAUAAAACAGCUGCUCACAAGACUUGAGCUUUGUGAAUAGCACAUACUUUCUUCUUUAGGAAGCUAAAUUACUUUUUUGUCUCCACUGUGUUUUCCCAAUGGAUGCCAACAAUCUACCUUUGUGUCGAGAAAACCCUGUAUGAAACUGUUUCAUCUGACACCUUUCACUCUGCCCCCCACUCCCAUUCACCUUCAUUAAUACCGAGCGAGGUGACGCAGUGGUUCGACACUGGACUCGCAUUCGGGAGGACGACGGUUCAAUCCCGCGUCCGGCCAUCCUGAUUUAGGUUUUCCGUGAUUUCCCUAAAUCGCUCCAGGCAAAUGCCGGGAUGGUUCCUUUCAAAGGGCACGGCCGACUUCCUUCCCCAUCCUUCCCUAAUCCGAUGAGACCGAUGACCUCGCUGUCUGGUCUCCUUCCCCGAAACAACCAACCAACCAACCUUCAUUAUUUUGGCUGUUUGUUUAUAUUAGUAGGUUUCAGGAAGCAAAUACUCAUGUUUGGUUCUGGGAGUAUAUCUCUCAAUUAGACUGUACUUACCAAGAAUCUGACAUUUACUCCAGAAAGUAUGCCAAGGAAGUUUUGUAAUAUUUUACAGUGAGCUGAUUGUCUAACCAUAUUUUAUUGUUUUUUAUCCUCUAUCCUUGUGGAUUUAAUGACCAUUGUUAAAUCCUUUUCUCUGGAACACUGUAUGUGUUGAAUUUAUUUACUUCAUUUGAUGAUAUAUUAGUUUCAUUUACCUACCUUUUUAAAAUUAUUGCAACUCUAUAGUCUGAAAAAGGUUUGGGAGCAAUUUGAAUUUUCGUUUUAGGUUGAUAUGCUCAUAUUGGAGUAUUCAGUUUCCAAUACUUCUGACAUCCUACAGUGUCUUGGAGUAAACAGUUGAAACGUUGAUCUAGGACUCUCGUAGAUUCACUGAGUGAAGUGUAGCUGGCCUACUCUUUAUAAAACUAGUCAUGAUAUUUUGGUAACUGGCAGUCAGUAUCAUUUGACUUUCAGUUAACUUGGAUUACAAAAUCUUGUCACCACUUACAGACUGAAAGCUGCAUGCUAAAUGAUGUGAGAUACCCUUAUCACCUCUUACGAGAUGGUUUUUAUUAUUUUACCCAUCACAAUUCUUCUGGACCAUAUUUGUCUUAAAAUAUAUUGUUCUUUUUUCUGCAUUUUUUUUUUUUUUUUUAGAAUAAGUAUGCCUUGCUGUCACGUUCUGUACUUUUGUCAUUCCACACUCUGUAAUAAAUUUUGUGACCUUCACUGAUACAUGCAUUCAUGAACCUGCUACGUUGCAGCUGUCUUAAUUACAUUAAUAGACCAGACAAUAGGUAUGUAAUCAGCAUUAAUUCUGAACUAUUUAUUUCUAAAAUCAGCUGUUUUGACUUACGCAGCAGAGAAGAAAAGAUUGUAGGUACAAUUUUAUAACGAAGUUUGCAGAAAUUAUGGGGUGGGGACUUAUCACUCAUUUAUUGAAGAACCGGAAAUAAUUCUCGAAAUAAGUUUUCCACUAUACGAAGAGUUUGAUGCAUCAGUUGUGUUAAAUUGAUCUAACAUUAGUAGAAAAACGUGUGUCUGGUAUUUUAUUUGACAAAUAACAGUUAUUAUUAAACAUGAACUUAAGACAGUUAUGCAGUGUAUGUUGUCACGCCCAUAACUUCAACAGGAUGAGUGUGUUUUUAUUUCUUUCCCCAUUAUGUAAGCAAUUUUAUUGUUAAAAAAUAUUAGUAGAUAAUACCUAUACGUUCUGUAUGAGACAAAUGAAUGCAGUGUUAUAUUUUAAUUAUAAGUAACCUAAUUUUUAAAUGAAAACCAGAGAAAACUGUCUCUUAGGAAACUGUUUUAAUUUUAUUGUGGAGAGAGUAAUUUUUGUACCACUUGUAUUUUUGUAUUAUUUUAUGCAGUGAUGGAUGUUAAAGACUUAUUGAAUGACAUAAAACUGAAACUGUUGCUUGGAUAAUAAUAUACAUAUUGUUUAAGUUUUUUUUUAAAAAAAGUUUGAAGAAACAUUGUAGUUGUUA